AUGGAUGAGGAAUACGACGCGAUCGUGCUCGGAACCGGCCUAAAGGAGUGCAUCCUGAGUGGCAUGCUCUCCGUGUCGGGCAAGAAAGUGUUGCACAUCGACCGCAAUAAGUAUUAUGGAGGUGAAUCGGCUUCAAUUACGCCCCUCGAGGAUUUGUUCUCGCGGUUCGUCGUGGACCUUCCGGAAGGAAAGUAUGGUCGCGGUCGGGACUGGAACGUGGAUUUGAUUCCCAAAUUCCUGAUGGCCAACGGGCUGCUGGUGAAGCUGCUUAUACACACGGGUGUGACCCGCUAUUUGGAGUUCAAGUCAGUGGAAGGAAGCUACGUUUACAAAGGUGGCAAAAUCUCCAAAGUUCCGGUCGAUCAAAAGGAGGCUCUUGCAUCGGAUCUGAUGGGACUGUUUGAAAAACGACGCUUCCGUAACUUUCUGAUCUACGUGCAGGACUUUGUCGCGGACGACCCAAAAACAUGGAAGGACUUUGACCCAUCCACCAAGGACAUGCAGGCCUUGUACGAAAAGUUCGGACUGGAGAAGAGCACUCAAGAUUUCACUGGUCACGCACUGGCCCUGUACCGUGAUGAUUCGUAUCUUACCGAACCGGCCAUCAAAACGAUCAAUCGCAUUAAGCUGUACUCGGACUCGCUCGCACGUUACGGCAAGUCGCCGUAUCUGUACCCCAUGUACGGUUUGGGAGAACUGCCUCAGGGUUUUGCCCGCCUGUCGGCUAUAUACGGCGGUACGUACAUGCUAGACAAGCCGAUCGAUGAAAUUGUGUACGACGCUAGCGGAAAAGUCGUCGGCGUACGUUCCGGUGAAGAGGUGGCAAAAUGUAAACAGGUCUACUGCGAUCCCACCUAUGUACCGAACAAGGUACGCAUCACGGGAAAGGUUAUUCGCUGCAUUUGUUUGCUUGAUCAUCCGAUCCCGAAUACGAAGGAUGCCCUUUCGACUCAGAUCAUCAUUCCACAGAUGCAGGUCGACCGCAAGUCGGACAUUUACGUAUCGCUAAUCAGCUCGACACAUCAGGUAUCGGCUAAGGGAUGGUUUAUUGCCAUGGUAUCGACCACGGUGGAAACCGCCAAUCCCGAAGCAGAGAUUAAACCGGGUCUUGAUCUGCUCGGGUCCGUCGCACAAAAGUUCGUGUCCAUCACGGAUUACUACGAACCGACCGACGAAGGUUUGCAGUCCCAGGUGUUCAUCUCGCAGUCGUACGAUGCAACCACCCACUUUGAGACCACCUGUCUGGAUGUGCUUGACAUUUUCAAGCGCGGCACUGGCGAGGACUUUGACUUUUCCAAAAUCAAGCAGGAACUUGGUGACGAGGAGCAGUAA